UGCAAACAGCUGGACGCAGCUGUGCGCAGCUGUCUGCGCGCCACCCCUCCAUCCAGCCAAGACGCGCGUCUCCCGCUCGGUCACAGCUGCCCAGGGGAUUGAAGACACGGACUGGAGUGGUGGAGACACUAAUGCGUACUUCCCCAACUUCACUUCUUUUGUUUCUGUCUGUCUUUUUACCCCCCACUGAUAACAGUCACAAUUGCCCUCCAGCGCGGCUCGACGGGUUUUCUGGCGUCCAUUGGUCCACGCACGGCCCGGAGGAAGUGGUCCGUGGUCUUCGCAGUGACCGCUGUCGCCAUGGUCCUGCUGGCUCUGACCAUCGCUGUCCCACUGCUGCUCCUCCGCUCCCCGGAGACCUCCGCUCACUACUACGAGAUGAUGGGCACCUGCCGGAUGGUUUGUGACCCAUACAGCCCCAAACCGGGGGGAGCCACUGCCAUGGAGGUGAGCCAGAACGUGAACGGAGUCGCUCCACUGCCGCCCAUGGCGCAAGGGACCCGCGGCGAGCCCGGGCGACCCGGGAAGCCCGGACCCAGGGGUCCACCGGGAGAGCCUGGCCCCCCCGGACCGAGGGGACCACCGGGAGAGCGCGGGGACAAUAAACUGGCCUUCACCGCUUUAGCCGGAGCUGCGGGGGCCGGUGACACGGUCGAGGGGGACGGAGCGAACUCCACUGUGAGCGGCUACAGGAUCGCAUUUUACGUGGGUCUCAAGAACCCGCAUGAGGGAUAUGAGGUGCUGAAAUUUGACGACGUGAUCACAAACUUGGGGAACCACUACGACCAGAGCACCGGGAAGUUCACCUGUCAUGUGUCCGGAAUCUACUUCUUCACCUACCAUGUGCUGAUGCGCGGGGGGGAUGGCACCAGCAUGUGGGCCGACCUGUGCAAGAACGGACAGGUACGGGCCAGCGCCAUAGCCCAAGAUGCAGACCAGAACUAUGACUACGCCAGUAACAGUGCUGUGUUGCAUUUGGACUCUGGAGACGAGGUGUAUGUUAAACUGGAUGGCGGAAAAGCACAUGGGGGCAACAACAACAAGUACAGCACCUUCUCUGGCUUCAUCUUAUACCCCGAUUAAACCCUCCACAACAGGCGCUUUGGA